CUGAUUGCCAAGUUCAGAAACCUGUGAUACUUGAUAAGCCACUCAAGGAGUCAGAAAGGGCGGUUAGUGGUGUCUUUAUCUGCCCUCGAUCUAAAAUUAGGACCCUUGGACCAGUCAGCUGGAGGAUCACAUAACAUCUUCUAGAAGUGGAAAAAGAGGGAGGGUGUAGGAGAGCGUAUUGGAGCAAACAAGUAAAGGAUCAUAGAAAGUUGCUGCAGACAGUGAGAGUGUGGGGGUAGUAAGGGAACUGGUUGAAAUCAGGGGGGACAGGUUAGGAAAGAGAGGCGCAGGACAUUGUGACAUCCAAAGAAUAGUUUUAUGAGAUUUCAAAAAAACAAGAAAGGAAUAAAGUCUAAAAAAGGAGAAGAGGAGCAAUGUAGCACAUGAGCAAAGGAAAGAGAGAUAAAGAAAUAAAACGGAAUAGGAGGAAAAAAAAGAGAAGGAAGACGUAACAAACCCAAGGACGAGUAGAGCAGAAGACAACUGAGAAAUCACUGCUCGGGGUCACAGGACUAUUUUUUAUUUGCUGCACGUGGAAACGAUAAGUUGGGAGGACACAAAGGAAAAAAUAUGGACUUCAGGGUAUCGUUGCUGCUGUGUCUCAUGGCAGUUUCCUCUUGCUGGGCAGGAUGUGUGGAGGUAGAUUCAGAAACCGAAGCAGUAGCGAGUAAAACCUUUAAGAUCCAAUGCAUUUCGUGUAAGAAGCGAGGAGAAACCAAAGCUGCAACCUUUGUAGAGUGGUUCUUCAAAGAGGACGGGCAAGAAAAAUUUGAUCCGAUAUACAUUUAUCAAGACAUGAGUGGCUUGGUCAUUGAUGAGCGUUUCAUGGAUAAGCUGGUAUGGAAUGGAAGUAAACAUACAGUCGACUUGCAGGACAUGUCUAUCUUCAUCACAAAUGUCACCUACAGUCACCGCGGAGAGUAUAUGUGUAGAGUCAACCGCACUCUCAUGUUUGAAAGCCAUCUGUACAACACAAACGUCACCAAAUACAUCCAAGUGACAGUGGUCGACAAAGCAAACAGAGACAUUGCGUCCAUUGUGUCGGAAAUCAUGAUGUACGUCCUUAUCGUGGUCCUAACAAUCUGGCUGAUAGUUGAGAUGAUUUAUUGCUACAGGAAAAUCGCUGCGGCAGGAGAGGAGGCCGCCCUAGAAAACGCUUCGGAUUAUUUAGCAAUAACAACAGAAAGCAAAGACAACUGUCUGGGAGUACAAGUGCAGGAAUAGGCUGAGCUCUGGACGGGGACUCGGACAGCCCAGGGGUAGUGCAAGCAAGCAAAGAGGAUGCAGCCUGGUGAAGUCGGCAGUGCCAGCUGGACCAGAAGCUGUAACGGGUCAAACUUACAGAGACGAGCAGAUUCCUCUCACAUUAACCCUUUCACCAUUAGGAAAGCUACAGACACUGGAUUAAUACUAUUUUGACUUGCUUUUCAUAUCCAUCCAGUCCUUGAACUUUCACCGGAAUCACAGAACUUGCUUUAGUGCAGUUGGCAUCAAAUCUUCCUUAACCUCUUCAUUUCCCAGGUCUGGCAGCGAAGGGGUUAACGACGCAAUAUGCUUACAAGAAAAAUGGAACUGUAUUUCUGCUGCUAUUUUUGUUUUCCAGCAAGUUUCUUGGAUAUUUCAUCCGCCUUUGCUUUCCCUGUUUUUUAUGGGAAAGGAAAAACCGUUCUCAUACAAGUUUUUUCAUCAAAUCAAUACAUAUAUAAUAAGCAAUUGCAAAGAAUUAGUUAAAAAACACAGAAUAUUUUUAAAUCUCUUUCAUAGUCUGGAGCUUGUCCCAGAUUCAUAUUUUCUUCCGCAUGCAAAAUCUUGGUGCAUGCCUAGCCCUCAAAAAUGGAAAGUUUUUGCUCAGUAUUGAAAACAAUUUUUUUUUUUUUUUUUUCACUUCAACCAUUAAAUGAGACCUGUUUGUCCUAUUGUUGCCAGAGCUCUUUACAGUGUAUUGCCAAGCAACAGGCUGCAGGCUGGUCUGGCACAACAAGGUUUAAUACCUCUGUAUUUAAAGCUUUAAAUUAUUUCACCUGCACCUAUAAUGGCAAUAAGGCACUGCAGGAGCAGGGAUAUCAUUAUAAACAGUAGUAAUAGAUUCUCCACUGGUAACCCAACUCCUGCCCUGCACCCAGUCUGCAAAGCUCGGGGGUGAGGAGGGGGCGAAGGCGAUACAGAACUUUUUAACAAAGCAUGUUAUUUAUUUUUUAAUACAGAAUAAAACAGAGAUAAAUUAGAUUAUAUUAUGUAUGAUCAAAAGAGGAAGAGUUGAACUGGCUGUCUCUCUAUAAGGCUUAUUUUGUAGGUCAGAUAAACUGGCCAAUUUAGUUUUUUCCAUGUAAAAUUUAGCACUAUAUUUUUUAUUAUCUUUUUGUUUGUUUGUUGGUCUUCAAGAAGCAAAAUGUAACGGUGUUAUUCUCUGCCGGCCGUACAAAUGUUCUGGAAGAUCUCUCAGGAAAGCACGGAAUGGAAAAUGUAGGUUGAGUAUUUUAUAUAACAAGACUAUGUAAAGGAAAUGUUUUAAGAAGGCAGAGCCGUCUCGGACAUUAACAGAAAGACUGAGGAGUGGAUCUUAAUACAAUUGUAUUUGCGCAAAUUAACCUUCCUGACCCUGUAUCACUGUGCACAAUCUACAAACCCACCAAUCAUUUAUCCUUUCCUUUUAUGGACAGGGUAAAACCAACGUAAUAACAGAAGAAGGUUAUGCAAAUGUUUUUUUAAUUAAGGUGCCUCAUAGAGAGAGAGUAUCCUGUCUCAAUAAUCUUCCUCCGUAGCAUAUGAUUUAGUAGGGCUACUGAGUAGCCGAAUUUACAUACAAUGCAUGCUGGAACUUACUGUACCAAUAUGGCUGCAGCCUUGCAAUGCAAGCUUCUAAUGUCUUUUAUUGUGCCUGCUUUUUAACCCUUUCUGAACCAGUCAGCGCUUGUGCAGGUUUCACACUGGGAACGAAGGAGUUAAAUAUGUAUGUCUGUCUGUUUUCAUCUGCUACCACCUUCUAUUAUGACUUUUUGAUGUAAAUGCCCAUUUUUAUUUUUAUCUUUUUCCUGUUUGCCUAAAAUGUCUGCUUUUAUAUAUUUUAUGUUUUUUUUUUUUUCAAGGGGCAGAUUGGGGGCUGUGUGAUAUUUUUCUUUUUUUUUUCUCUUUCUUUUUUUUUUCUUUUUAUUUGUUUGAUUGGAGGACAAUAAAGAUCUCAGACCAUCCAA